GUCUGGGUCUGGUGUUUUUGUUAAAACAUGUUUGUUUUUCAUUCAGUUAAGUUUCUCACAUUGAGUAUCCAGAAACUUUACACAAGUAAGAGUAGCAACAUUAUCCUAACCUUUCAUAAUCAUAUCAUAAUCACAACAAAAUUGCUCUAGUAAAAGUAAAAAGUACAGUGAAAAUACUCCUAAAAGUAAUUUCUUAAGUUACUCAAGUAAUUUUAAUUGAGUAAAUGUAACUAAUUACUACACAACUCUGGUUUUAUGAGAUCUGUAAAGCAGAAAAUCGACCAACAGACUCAAAGUGAUGAAGCUUGUUAAUAAUUAGAGGAUUAAUUUGUCCUUUAAACAGCUGGAAAGUGAAGAGAUGUUUGUUUGCGCUGAAGGAGGUUUGAUUGGGAAAAUGAGCAGCGGUGAGGCAGGAGGGGCGGGAGGAGGAGAGAAACGGGCUCAGUCACUUCCGCACCAUGUGAGCAGCACCGGGACUGAAGAAUACUUUGUCCAGGAUGGACCCCGCAUCCUCCGGGAUUGAGGAGCGUUUUUAACUCGGUGACCUCCAGCGGGGGACCGCGCGGCUAAAACCCCGCGCCCAGAGACCGGAUCCAUGGCUGCCGACGUGGCCGUGUCUCUGUCGGUGCUCGCGGUGGUGGUCCUGCUGAGCGACGUGACCCGCAGGCUGCUGGUGCGGGGCCUCGGGAACACCGGGCUCUCACCGUACGCGGUGGAGCUCGUGUCGACCUUCCAGCUCUGCUGCUGCACGCACGAGCUGAAGUUGCUCUCUGAGUCCGGCGGCAUCCCGCCUCAGCUCGCGCUCACCUUGACGUAUGUGACGUCAGUGGCUCACGGGCUCACCUUCAGAGGGGCCGUGGGUAACCCCUGCGGUGUGCUCGAGCACGCGUACCGCGCGAGGUUAUCGGGUGGGUGCGCAGUGCGGCGGAUCGCGUGCCAGUUCGCCGCGGCGGUGGCUGCGCGCGCGGCCGUGCCGGUGAUUUGGGGUGCGGGGAUGUCGGGACUCCACAGCCGCCAUAAGCUGCUGGGGUUCCGGUGUGUCAGCGCGAUCCACGCGUCUCUCCCGCAGGCUGCUGCGGUGGAGCUGAUGUGCGCCUUCGCUGUUCAGACUGUCAUCACGCACACGCAGUCUGUGGAGGAGAAAUACCGCGUGCCCGCAGUAGCUGCUGCCAUAACAACAGCGGUUUAUGCAGGCGGGGGGGUGACCGGAGCCGUGUUUAACCCGGCACUGGCCUUUUCCACCCAGUUCCCCUGCAGUGGGAACUCGUUCCUGGAGUACUGCUUUGUGUACUGGUUGGGUCCACUUCUGGGUAUGAUGAGCUCAGUGCUUCUCUUUGAUAAACUCACGACUGCAUUUUCACGAAAAUCGUCGCCUCUUCACCUCCCGCUGCAAACCAAGAAGCAGGCAUGAGCGCGGCAGGGCUGCAUGUUUACCCCGAGAACAUCAGCCGUAAAUAUUAACACUUAACAAUAUCUAAGUUUCUGCUGGGCUGCUUUUUCUAAAUACUUCAAUUUGUGAGGCUUUUUAAUGUAAAUUAGACUAGGUGACAUCUAAAGCACAACUGAAAUACGACAUUCUAUAAGUAAGUCAUUUGUUUACUUUAGAAUUCAGUAGGUGUUUGAUUUUUGGCGAACUUAUCAACACUUUCAGAUUGAUAAGCGGAAUCUGAAAGUGUUGAUAAAAUUUGACCAGUUCGUUGAUUUUAAAAGAAAAUCCAACCACAUUUUACCAUCUUUAGCUCAGUAAACCACAUAAAAGUAGCUAAAAUAUUAAAAUCUGUUGCAACAAACAGUUUUAUAUUUGCAUUUGGAUCAAAGAAUGUGUAGAUAAUAUAAGAAAACAUCUUACUUCUGUGUAAAAUUUUAAGCACAUUGUUUAACAGAGGAAAUGUAAUCAGUGUUAUUCAUGUUUUAAUGUGAUAUUAAAGCUGUACUGUAACUGAAUCUUCUGCACAUGUCCUUUACUUUUUGCACAACUGUAACUGGUGCCUUUGGAUUCCAGUAAAAAAUAUAGUAUAAAUAAAAUGGUCAAAACUG